AUGAGCACCGGGCCAUUCAGUCCAGAGCAUCCAGGCCAGGGGAGAGACAAUCUGGCCGCUACCGAGAUCGACGGCCAGGGCUUGAGUGCCGUGCCGCAGUUCCCAGGCCACGUCCAUUGGCCGAGUUAUGAAUUCCUAGAAUUUGACGAGCCCAGCCUGGAGCAAGAGGACCGUACCUUUUUAGCUAAUAAGGGCAGUUUGAGUGUUCCCGAGCCUAUAGCCCUAGAUGAGUUCGUGCGCCACUACUUUCUGCACCUCCAUCCUAUUCUACCCCUGUUAGACGAGGCAGAAUUCUGGAAUAGUUAUACACAAUGCGGCAAUAAAUCCAAAAUCUCCUUGCUUGUUUUGCAGGCAAUGCUAUUUGCGGGCUGUCCGUAUAUCAGCAUCAACACGCUUCAGCGAUGCGGCUUCAACAGUAAGAGAGACGCAAGGAGCCACUUCUACAAAAGAGCCAAGUUUCUCUUUGGCCUCGCUGAGUAUCACCCCGUUGUUCGAACUCAAGCGGCCAUUCUCCUCAGCCACCAUGCAUCUGCUGCAGAGCCACGAGCUGGGAGCGAGUGGCUGGCACUAGCCAUACAAAAUGCUCACCUGAUUGAUCGAAUUCCCGGACGCCGUCCGACGGGAGAUUCUAUACAGAGAAAGAGACUCUGGUGGUCAAUUAUUCUGCGCGACCGCUAUCUCUGCCUUACCCUGCAUCGCCGAACUCAGGUACCAGAGAUUCCAAAGGGGUUGGACCUCGAUGCGCUUGACGAGGAUGUUUUAUCUUGUGAGAUUCAGAGUUCACUUGUGUACGAUCCAGAGGCGAAGGUGAUACUGGUGAAAAUCCUCAAGGAAUAUUAUGAGCUUGCCUUGGCCCUUUCCGAUAUGGUGCCGCUUGUUUAUGCUUCACAUGGAAUCAACACUGCCUCACUUUCUGGGGACGCAUGCAUAGACAACCUGAAAAAAGCAGAAUGUGCCAAGAGGUCGUUGGAGGAGUGGAGGUCGUCCACCAGCCUCCCUAUACUGAUGGCCCAGGUCACUCAUGAGCCCGCUACAUUGUUUGCGAAGCUAAUUCACAUGUACUACUAUGCCGCGCGAAUCAACCUUGCUCACUUUGAACUACUUAUUAUGCAACAGCAGCCUGAGUUCGUCUCUGGCUAUGAUGGGAAACUACGAAACAUAACAAGCGAGCUUCACAACUACAUGUCCCAACAAAGCAUCAUAAUGGAGUAUCUCGGUCAUUGCGGAAGAUCCCACAUUCUUCCCCUGAGCGUGAUUGGCUGCCUCCCCAUGCCACUGCUCACAACGGCAAUCAAUAUCAGUCUCUCCCCGUCGCCGCAUCAAAGAGAAAUCCACAAACGCAGGAUAGACACAUUCGGCCAGAUCGUCAGGAACCUGGAACAAGUCUACGAGGCUGCAACCAUGAUAUCCUCUGGGAUGUCCCACUUUCUGCAACUAGCAUACACAACAAUCCAGCUCUCGUCCGAACCUGAACCGGUCCUCCCAAGUAACUCAAGAGUGUAUUUCGAGGCAGGCCCCACGAAUGAACAUCAGACAACUCCACCGCCGCCGACGUGGAAAGAUUUCCUCCUUCAAUCGCCACAAGCCUACCUCCUCAUCUCAACGACGGUAGACUUCAGUUUAUCACUCGGUCACCUCCCUCGCACUGACUCACUCCCGGAUCUCCUAACUUGUCUGCUCCCUCGGUGUUUAAGAAUAUGUCUCCCAUGGGAUAACAAUCCCGUAUCUAGUGCACGUUCUCCCGAUAACGUACAGGAAUACUUCGAAUUAAACAGUCGCCAGAACCCUCCACCGACUCGAGGUGGCAGAGAGCGAUCGCGAAUGGAGAUCCUCAAUCGCUUCCGUAUGCAGCAGCAGGCAAAGAAGGCUGAGGAGGAGUUUAAUUUGGAUUAUUUGGACUUGAGUGCAGUGGGUUAG